GUUUAAACCCAUUACAUAUUGAAAGAAGACUUCAUGAAAGAAUAUAAACUACAAAAGGCUCAAAGAUGUAAUAAUAAAUACCUUAACCCAAGCUAAAACUAACGACCCAAUUUAGAAAUUAUCAUCGCUCUGUCAUAAAUCCAAAAAAUUAAUCACCUUUUGCAGCCACAGGAAAAAGCAUACUGCUUCCGAACAACACUUCAACCAUGGAAAAUAAGACCUGCACUUUUAGAAACUCCAUCGCAACACCAACACCAGAAAAGAUAAAAAGUAUCCAACGGUUUCAAUACCUUAUAUCCGUUAAUAGCCAUUUUAGAGAUGAGAUGCUUCAAGUAGUUCCUCUGAACUAUAUAAAUUUAAAUGUUUAUACCGUUGAAAUAAAUAAUUUAUAUAUUAAUAGAGUUUUAAAGUUUAGUAUAAAUAAAUAAUUUACAAUUAAUGAUUUGUAUGGGAAACAAUGCAUUAGAUAAUCUGUUGCUGCUGCUGCUGCUGAUGGCGGCGGCGGCUGGUGACUUUCUAGUAAAGCCCCCGACUCCACCCUUCUCCUCCCACACCUCUAGGUCUUAGAAAAAUACCUAAUAGAAAAAAUCUUCAAAGAAAGAAAAAAUUAAGACAUGGAACUAAAACAUAACCAUCAUGUUGUUUUUUUUGUUGGGCUUUGCUUCUCUCGUACAGUUAUAUCUCCUUCGUUCCUUAUAUAUUAUUGAGAGUGAUUAUAGGAAUACCCACCAAGCUUUUCCCGGUAUUAGUUAGUUCUUUUCUUGAUCUCUCCUAACUACUCAGUGUUCUAAGGAGCCAAAGAUUAAUUUUUCUAAAUCAUUAUUAGGUGGUUGUACUCUUUGCCUUCUUUGGUCUGUUCUGUUUCAGUUGUUGGAUACUGAAUUUCUCUUUCAGUUGUUGGAUUUCUUCCCUUUUGUUUCCCUUAUAUUAUCAUGCUCUACGUUUUUUAUAUGAUGGACACGCCCAUCUGGAAAAAUUAUUUUCAUACAAUAUCUACCCGUGUUCUAAGGUUUUCAGAUUAUAGCAUGGCUGAAUUGCCUCCCAGAAUACCCACUGUCACCCCAAAUUGGCCUCCAUUGUUUCCACCUCAAACAAUGUCUAAUUAUUUCUCUAAUACUCACACCGCCGCCGCCGUCGUUGACACCCAUCAACCCUCCUGUGUUGAUGAAUUUUCGGACUUCACGUCCACUAGACGAGCCGCUCAUCGCCGUUGUAUAAACGAUUCCAUCGCAUUUCUUGAGACAAGUACAACACCAUUGGACGAGGACUGCAACAACCAGACUAAUAACAACAACGAUAAUAAUAAUUAUUAUGUUCCCUCAAAUGGCUUUAUCUCCAGCAAUUUUGAGUUCGACAGGCUAGAUGACGACCAGCUCAUGUACAUUUACUCCGACGACAUGUCGUUGUCGAUGCUACCAUCCUCGUCAAACCCAUCAACAGCGUCCGGUCAGAACAGUAACAAUGAUGAUAAACCAAUGGUGGGAUUUAAUCAACAUCAACAACAUAAAAAGAAGCAGCAACCGGCCAAGAUUGAGUCUGGGGAGGUGAAGAGCACAUGCAAGCAAGAACCACGAACGCAACAGCUUCCCACAUCUCCUAAUGGCGACCCUACCAUUAUCGACCCUAAGAGGGUUAAGAGAGUUUUGGCAAAUCGUAAAUCUGCUCAAAGGUCAAGAGCGAGGAAAUUACAAUACAUUUCAGAGCUUGAGCGGAGUGUCACGACAUUACAGAUGGAAGUUUCAGCAUUGUCACCAAGAGUAGCGUUUCUGGACCAUCAAAGGUUGGCUUUGAAUGUUGAUAACAGUGCUCUAAAGCAAAUGAUUGCUGCUUUGGCUCAAGACAACAUUUUCAAAGAUGCUCUACAAGAGGAAUUGAAGAAGGAAAUAGAGAGGCUACAGAAACUGCAUAAGCAACAGAACCGAAAAGAGAUGAACAAAAGCAAUGCAGCACCAUCAAACCAUCAAACCAUGCACCAUGUGGGCAAGGAGGAUCUUCUCAUCAGCUGA